AGGUUUAACACGUACAUCAAGAUUACGUAUGCAAUAUAACCCAUGACAUUUUUCAAAAAUAAAUCAGUGCCAACGAACACGUCUGAAAUUAAACGUCAGGGUAAUGGAACUGAAAAUGCAUAGACUCAUCAUUUUAGCUGCUGUUAGCGUAGCAAUUGAAGCCUCUUUCCUGCCCACUUGUGAUGCGGGGAUGUCCGAUAAGCUCGUGAUGGAAUCACCACGACAGAAAAUUCCUGACACCCCCCUCUUCAUCGUAACCCCGAUCUCUACGAGUUCAGUAUUUGCGUUCUGGAGCGUAUCACCAGAAGACUAUAAUCAAGCAAUGACAUACACUAUUCAAUAUUACCCCAUAACGAACCGACUAUUGGAUCAGGGGGAGGCCCUGCAGGACUUUAAAAACAUAACAUUUAUAUCAACGAAUUCGGUUGAACAGGAGAGUGCAGUUAUCGACGACUUAAUGAAAGGAACUGAAUACCGCUUUCGCAUACUGGCAUCAAAUCAAGUAGGCAGUAGUCAGCCAAGUGAUAUGGUGCGUGUGCUGACUGAGAUAGACCCACCACCACAGGUGGAGGAUGUUAAAGUACUCCCUUCAGGAUUUAGGGAGUGGGAGGUCACAUGGCGCCUACCAUCUGACUACUUGUGGCCGGACCAAAUUCUUGGAUAUCAAAUACUACCCCAGACAAGUCCCAUCGACGACAUUCACCCUUUUCCGAUUGUCAGACACAUAUCUCAUAGCACAAAGUACACUUUGACGGGGCUAGCACCCUCUACGCUGUAUACAAUUUCAAUAGCCGCAUACAAUAGUGCGGGUUUAGGACCAUCCACCUUUCCCAUAUCGCUGAACACUACCCAACUUGAACCUCCUGUCGCCCCCAUCAACUUCGCAGUAAUUCCGCUCUCUUCAAGAACUGUACAGGCAUUGUGGGAGAUACCUUUCGGAAAGGAUAAAAAAAUACGGAACUCCACUAUUCAAUACUACCCCGUAUACGAUGAUCUAGAUCCAGAGUGGCGAUCUUCCCAGGCCGAACAAUUAACAGUGGCCCACGAUUCGGAGCCGAGUCAUGAGAAGAUAAACAUCAUCGGACUUCAGCCAGGAACAUCAUAUCGGUUUCGCAUGUUUGUGACAAAUGAUGCAGGCAGUAGCCCGCCAAGUAAUAUGGUGGUAGUGAUGACUGACAUGGAGCUACCGACAGAGACACCUCAGAAUAUUCAGGUUCGCCCUGCAGGGUUUGGGGAGCUGAAGAUCACGUGGGACCCACUACUUGAGAGAAUGGGUGUCCAUGAAAUCCUUGGAUAUCGGAUACUAUGGAAGAAAGUCACAUCCAAUAGAUUUUCCCAAGAUGAUAAAAUCGAGACAUCCAGUAGGGGCGAGUACAUUUUAGCAGGGCUCGAAAGCUCUACGACCUAUGAGAUUGUGAUAGCUGCAUAUAACGAUGCGGGUGUAGGACCCUUCAGCUUUCGUACGCGGGGAACGACUCGGAAAAGUGAAGAGUCGGACAAUCCUUUAAACAUUUAUGUCCAACCACCACGGCACUUCGUUGUUGGUGACUCAGUUAAAUUGCAUUGUAGACUGAACACCACUCAGAUCGAAUCCACCGAUCCGAUCGUAUUUGUGUGGUGGCUGUACAAGGACAAUGGAGAGGCCUUAGAACUUUCGGAAAACAGAAACAACCCAUCGUUGCCAAUUUACAUCACACGAGUUGCUCCGGAUGCAAGCACACUGACGAUUACUAACUUCCAGCCGUCAGAUGCACGAGAUUAUAUAUGUCUCGCAAUGCUGUCGGAGGAAAAAUUCUACAAAAAAGAGGUUGGAUUACAACACCCACUUUAAAUUUUUAUUCUUAUCAAUAAUUACAGAAUUAAUCUUAGAACAUCACCCUUGUUUCAAUUACAAUGAAAAUAAAAUAAUGAUUUAAAUGAGA